GCGUGUGUGUGCGCAAGGCGGGCGACCCCGCCGCCCGCCGCGGGCCCGAGGCCCAGCCAGAGAGGGGCCUGCCUCGCUGCCGGGAGCCCGGCUGUCCGGGCCUCCCUACUUCUCUAUCCCGGUCCCCCUCCUCGGGGCCUUCUAUAUGGGCCACCUUCUCUCGAAGGAGCCGCGUAACCGCCCAAGCCAGAAGAGGCCUCGCUGUUGCAGCUGGUGCCGCCGCCGCCGCCCUCUCCUCAGGCUGCCCCGCCGGACCCCGGCCAAGGCGCCCCCCCAGCCGGCGGCGCCCCGGAGCCGGGACUGCUUCUUCCGCGGGCCCUGCAUGCUCUGCUUCAUCGUGCACAGCCCCGGCGCGCCCGCCCCCGCCGGCCCAGAGGAGGAGCCGCCGCUCUCGCCGCCGCCGCCGCGGGACGGGGCCUACGCCGCGGCCGCCUCCUCGCAGCACCUGGCGCGACGCUACGCGGCUCUGGCCGCCGAGGACUGCGCCGCCGCCGCCCGCCGCUUCCUGCUAUCCUCGGCCGCCGCCGCCGCCGCUGCCGCUGCUUCGGCCUCGUCGCCCGCCUCCUGCUGCAAAGAGCUGGGGCUGGCCGCGGCAGCCGCCUGGGAACAGCAGGGCCGGAGCCUCUUCUUGGCCAGCCUGGGGCCCGUGCGCUUCCUGGGGCCGCCUGCCGCCGUGCAGCUCUUCCGGGGGCCGCCGCCGCCGGCCGAGCCCCCGACGCCUCCCGAGAUGGUGUGCAAGCGGAAGGGGGCCGGGGUCCCCGCCUGCACCCCCUGUAAGCAGCCCCGCUGUGGCGGGGGGGCCUGCGGCGGCGGCGGCGGCAGCGGAGGAGGAGGAGGACCUGCGGGGGGAGGCGCCUCGCCGCCGCGGCCCCCCGACGCCGGCUGCUGCCAGGGCCCAGAGCAGCCACCGCAGCCUCUCUGCUCCCAGCGCUCCUCUCCCACUUCGGAAGGUGCCCCCACAGAGGCCAGUGGGAACGCCGUCCGAGCGGGGGGCACCGCCCCCUCGCCCGCCCAGCAGCACCACGAAUGCGGCGACGCGGACUGUCAGGAGACCCCCGAAAAUCCGUGCGACUGUCAUAGGGAGCCAUCCCCCGAAACCCCAGACAUCAAUCAGCUGCCGCCAUCCAUCCUGCUCAAGAUAUUUUCCAAUUUAUCCCUGGAUGAGCGUUGCCUUUCUGCAUCAUUGGUUUGCAAGUACUGGCGUGACCUUUGUUUAGAUUUCCAGUUUUGGAAGCAGCUGGAUCUUAGUAGUCGUCAGCAGGUCACUGAUGAAUUAUUGGAAAAAAUUGCAUCAAGAAGUCAAAAUAUAAUUGAAAUCAACAUUUCUGAUUGUCGCAGUAUGUCUGAUACUGGCGUGUGUGUUCUAGCAUUUAAGUGUCCUGGACUUCUUAGGUAUACAGCCUACAGGUGUAAACAGCUUUCUGACACCUCUAUUAUUGCGGUUGCUUCUCACUGUCCUUUACUUCAGAAAGUUCAUGUAGGCAACCAGGACAAACUUACUGAUGAAGGACUCAAACAGCUGGGCUCAAAAUGCAGAGAACUCAAAGAUAUUCAUUUCGGCCAGUGUUACAAGAUCUCAGAUGAAGGCAUGAUCGUCAUAGCUAAGGGCUGUCUGAAAUUACAAAGAAUAUACAUGCAGGAAAACAAAUUAGUGACAGAUCAAUCGGUGAAAGCAUUUGCUGAGCACUGUCCUGAACUUCAGUACGUUGGCUUCAUGGGUUGUUCAGUUACUUCUAAAGGAGUCAUUCAUCUAACCAAGCUAAGAAACCUUUCCAGCUUGGACCUACGUCAUAUCACUGAACUGGAUAAUGAAACCGUGAUGGAAAUUGUCAAGAGGUGCAAAAAUCUAAGCUCUCUCAAUCUCUGCCUGAACUGGAUCAUAAAUGACAGGGUGAAUCUGCGUCUUCAUCUUUGGCCCUCUGCCCCAGCCUCAGCCCCUGGAACCUCACAUAGAGCCCAGCUCAGAGAAGCAAUUUAAUACCUACGUGUUGAGGGAAUUAUAAAUGUUGCUUUUGUAGGAUGGAUAAAUCUGUUUUUAAAUUUGGCUUGAACUCUGGCUGAAAUCCAGGCAACUGGUUCACAUGUCCUCCUUCUUCCAGAUUUACUUACCUCUGAAUAAAGUUGAUACUUAAUAAAGUGAGGACAAUGUCAUUGUCUUGAUUUAGAUAGAGCUUGCUUUAUGUAUUGCAUGCUUUUUAUCUGAAAGCCAUAGCUUCGUUUUUUGAACAAUACCUAGGCUUUAAUGUUGAAUCGUUGGUUUCUGCUUUUUUAAUAGAGUCUUUGGAAUACUUUUAAAUGAAGAUCCAGAAACUUCAUUUGCUUUUCAUAUGUAAUGACACCUUGUAUUAAUUGAAAAGAGGCAGAGGAGACAGUUACAGCUUUUUUUCUGUUUCUUGGUGAGAAAAGUGUGGCUAUAUGAAAAAACUGUUGCAUAUUUUUUCUUCAUUCUUCCUUGUAGCACUUUUAAGUGCUGCUCUUUAAAUGUAUGUUUAAUAUUUGGUUAAUUGUAACUAUGAACCUAAACAUACUGAUUUAAGUCCAGGUUCACAUUAGAACAAUUAUCUGGUUAAUUGCUCUUGUGAAAAAAUAGGCUAAAAAUCAUCAGAACGUCAACUUGUGAAAGCAGUGGCAGGAGUUUCAAAACCACCAAGCAUACCUACUGCAAAUCACAUCAGCAAAGCAAUUAAUUUAGGCUAAUUGCUUUUCUGUUUGUUCAAGAUGCACUUUGGAACUGUCUUUUGAAAUCGUGGCAAUUAAGAUUAGUAAGCAAUAUAAUUAAAGAAUGUUAGAAUGGUCACUAUUUUUCAAAAAUGGUAAUUAUUCCAUAUGAACCUAUAUAGUAGAUGUAUCACCCAUGUGGGACUUGGAAAUAAUUAAAGCAAAAUAGGAGUAUUUUAGCACACAAGUUUCCCUUUAAAAAUAAAUCGAGUAGGUUACCUUUUCAGCAACUGUAGCACAGGGUUAUCUUUAAUCUCUAAUUAUCAAGAAGAAUUAUCUCGUUUCAAUAAUGCACACACUAAGGAGGUUUGUUCACACAGGGGGAGAAAUAACCACCGAAGAUGGCACUGGCUAGUGGCAUUUUCUCUAACAGAUGUGUUUCGGGGUUCUUGUAUGGCUUGUCCUAACAUAAUCAGGAGUUUUAAAUGUCUUAAAAAACAGAUUAGGCAUACCUCAUGUUAUUGAAGUUUUCCUUUAUUGAGCAUUAUAAUUUGGGCAGCACCAAUUUGUCUAAAAUUGAAAACGACUUGAGUUUCCAACUGUUUCUGUAUGAAGCCAUGUUGUAACAGAACCUCAGCUAAAAAAAAUGGCAACUUUAGGAAUCAGUUCUUCAUUGGAAAUGUAGGAAUAUCAUUAGUGGGGGAAUUAGUCAUUCCCCAAACUGCUUCUCUGUUCACCAUAUUGUCAAACAGCAAGUAGCUAUUUCUUUCAUCUCUCUCCUUCCCUAAGGAGCCAUUCUUAUCACGCAGCGUGUUUAGUGGCCUGUCCUGCCCUAUGAAAUUAUCCAAAGCAAAUAGAUUGGAUUGUAUUAAGGACUGUGGCUCUCGGAGUGAAUCUUUGAGAGACACACCUGUUAAAGGAAGUCUUGAUAGCCGUCACUUUGUGACUUUCCGGGUCUGUGACAAGAAAUUUAGGAAGAUAUUCAUUAAAAUUAGAUUUGAUGCAAUCAGUUAAAUUUCAAGUUUUGUUUUGGCAUUCUACUUUUUGUUUGUUAGUAGAUACAAAAAUUAUUUUCUUUAUUUUUCUUUAUUUCUGCUUAAAUCGGUAUGAAUAGAUCUCUAAGCCUAGCUAGUUAACUGUAUCACAAAACUAGAUUUUUCUCUAGUGAUCACUUUCAUGGAGAAGAACAAAAGUGUAUUUAGUUUUUACAAGGAUAUAUUUUUCUUUACUUCUUUUACAAAACUUCAUAGUUUCUAGAAGUGCAGCAUACUUGAUCCAGAUUUCCCGGUGAUGCUGUUUGUUGUGGAAUGUUUGAUUAGAAAGCUUCAUGGUGAAGGUAAAAAUAUCAAAUCAGAUGAAAAUAAAUAUAUUGAUUAGAAUAAAUAGAAAAGUGUGGAGGACUCCUAGAAUACAGAAAAAUGAACAAAGAAACCUAAAUGAUGUUGGUCUUCUUUUGAAUCUGUCAUUGAAGUAGCAGAACAGUGUUACUCUGGUUUGGGGAAAACUCAAGCUAGUACUUCUUUUUGGCCUUUAAAACAUGAAUUCUGCAAUUAUUUAUAGUUGAAAGACAGCAUAGGUGCUAUAAAAUUUGUCACUAUUUCACAGACUUUAGAAGAUUGCAAAUUAUAGCCACAUAUUUACCCUAUCCCUAUAUGCCUUUGUGCAUUGGUAUAUUGACUACCCUUACAUCAAGAGGUGGCAUCUGUUUUUCUAUCCCCUUGAACUUGGGCUGGCUUUGUGACUUGCUCUAACCAAUAGGAUGUAGUGGAAAUUAUGUUGUGGGACUUCCAAGGUUUGGCUUCAAGGGGCCUUGCAACUUGCUUUUCUGGAAGCUGCCCCACCUGAAGAGGCCCAGAGUAGUCUCUCUGAGAAUGAGAGAUCACAUGGAGAUAGAGGUCUAGCCAACAGCCAAGGUCGAACUGUCAGACGUGUGACAGAGGCCAUCUUAAACCGUCCAGCCUCAGUCAAACCUUUGGAUUCCUGCAGUCCUGUGAAUGAAACCCGCAGAACUGCUCAGCUGAGCCCAGGGAGUUGUAAGCAAGUAAGAGCAGUUUUUUUAAGCUGCGAAGUUUUGGUGUAGUUUGUUAUUCAGACAUUGACUUUGUAGCUGCUCUAUGUUGAACAUUUUGUAUUAAGUUAGGCAAGGUGCCAAGAGUGCUUUAUUCAUUAUCCUAUUUAAUUAUCACAUCAACUCUGUGACAUAGGUAUCAUUAUGCCCUAUUUUAUAGAUGAGGUAAAAAAAAGGCUCAGAGAGGUAAAAGAUCUUGCUGGCGAUCACAGCUAGGAAGUGCAGUCAGGACUGAAUGCAGAUCUGCCUGACCUCAGUCUCACCUAUCAAACUAGCUCCAAAAGCUUAUUUUAAGUUUAAAAAUACAUUUGGUUGCGAUAAGCAGUUAAACCUACCAGUAGAGUCUAUGAAUAUAAGUACUAUCUAACUUGCAUUAUAAUAAAAUACAUCUCAUUGAUUAAAAUAAAUAUUACAAUAAAUAACAUCCAUUUGCAGUUUCUAGUGUAACUAUUUAAUCUUGGGUAAUCACCUAAAAAACGCAUGGGGAAAAGAGACAGUUCUUCUGAAAGGAAUAGUGUGAAUACAAAAUUAAGAAUACAUAAAUAUAAGGCCUUGAUUUUAUAUGUAUUUAAAACCGUUUUUGGCGUUUCAUAUUAUUCAGAAUAGAUCUCUUUCUACCCUAUUGUCAAGUUAGGGAGAAAUGGAAAAAAAGGAGAUCAUCUUUUAGAAGAAUUGUGGCUGAAGCUUAAUCACUGUCAUGUUUGCCUUCAACACUGUGUUUUUUAGUAAUAAGUCUUGUAAGGACAUAACUUCUAUGGCCUAUAGGCAGUAAUGGUACUAAUACCUAUGACGAAAAUACCACAAAAAAUUCUACAAAUAGAAGUGGUAGUCUUUUCAUUUUUUGAAAUGCUUUUUUAAAAAAUUUUAACUAUCACCUUAGAAACCAUACAUCAAUAAACUAAUUAAGACUAGUGGGUGAUUCUGACAUGUAUAUCAUAUCUCAUCUUACCAUUUACUAUAGCACCACACUAAUCAGACCUGCCUCAGGGUUUUAUUGCCUGUUAAAUGAAGCCUGGGAGCAUUUCCUCCAUGAUUUAUUAUGGUAUUUGGAGAAGUAGUUUCAUUUGGGAAAUACAGUUUCCAUUUGUUUUCCUUUUAACUUGAAUUUAAACUCAAUUCCUAUUUUUGGUGUUGAUUAAUCUUUUUUUCCAUUAGCAAAUUACCAGUGUAUUUUAAUAUUUUGUUGUAUUACACACAGAGAUGAAUAUUUUGUUUUGUGUGAGUAUAUAUCUGGAGACUCCUGCGUUUGGGGAAAGGAGAGAGAGUAGGUUGCAUUUUUUUUCUUUUAGUUUUAACUUACACGCAGAUGGGUUGUAAAUUUCUUAGAAUGUGACAUUGAUAACAGCAUAGGAAUUAAAACUGUAUCUGGGAAUUUUGACUUUUGCAUAUUCCUGGGCUCCUAACCAGAAGUUUAGUAAAUGUGUGUUGAUUGAUUAGAUGGCAAUAUAAAUAAACCUAGUAAACGUAAGCUUAUGUUCAAGGUAAAAGAAAAAGAAAAUGAACUGUUCACAUUCUUCAAGAAAUAGAGCAUAUCAAAAUAAGUCAGUCAAAAGAGUCAAGUUCAUUUAAUGAAUAUAGACAUAGCCUUUAAAAAUGCGUUAUAGGUGUAAUUGAAGAGUUAAAGAGGCACACACUGAAUUCUCUGACAGGGGUGUGGUUUAUAUGUGAGGUACUUGGAUACAGUUUUAGUCUGACAACAUGUUAACCUUGCUGGAUUAAAAAAAAACUGAAUGAAGGGGCUUCCCUGGUGGCGCAGUGGUUGAGAGUCCGCCUGCCGAUGCAGGGGACACAGGUUCGUGCCCCGGUCCGGGAAGGUCCCACAUGCCACGGAGCGGCUAGGCCCGUGAGCCACGGCCGCUAAGCCUGUGCGUCCGGAGCCUGUGCUCCGCAACGGGAGAGGCCACAAUUUAUUUGGAAAGGGGAUGACAAAAUAUGUCAAGACAAUGCCCUGGCUUUCUUCAUUAAAUUUAGUAAUGAUUUGGGGAAAAAAAAGAAGAGUUUUUCUGUAACAUUUUUUUCUGCAGAUUUAUAGACAUUUGUGGGAUAAAUAUCUUCAAAGAAAUAUAUAUCACUUAUCACACAGUUAAUAUUUUGCGUAUUAUGGUCUUAUUGGAAUUAGAAAUGUUUAGUAAUUUAUAUCUUUAAAUAGAUGUACAUCUUCUUUUUGUUUCCAAGAUUUUUCUUUUAUGAGUUUAUUUCCAAUACUGAGUCAUCAUUAUGUUAUAGAGGAGUUUUGUUUUUGUUUUUGUUUUCUUUUUUGGUGAUGGCUUUUGGCAGCCAUCCAUCUCCAAGUACAGUGUAACAUGUAACAGUGAAGCUUGUUAAAGGGGGAGAAGUAUAAACUAUCACCAGGCAGGCCCUGACAGACAUUCAGACAUCCACACAGACACUGCUGCUACUUGAUGGUGUCUCCCAUUUUGAAAAUGUAGCUAUUUAAAAAGGGACAAGGUCGCAAUAACUUUACACGCCUGUUGCUUGUUGUAUGCACAUAUAUUUUACUUGUGAUUCUUUCCCCACUGACAGUAUCUUUCUAAUGUUUAAUUUGAAUGGUUACAUUUAUCUUUGCUAACUUGUCACUGUUAGUUGUAUACUACGUUUCAAUCCUCUAAAUAGAUUGUAUAUGUGCACACUGUACUUGGUAAAGAAUUUAGAAUUUGUGGUGAUCCACACUGAUGGGCUUGGGAGUAUGUAUGGGGGAGAACAUGGGAUAGAUAGUAAUUCAAAGUAGCAGGAAAUCCUAACGUGCACCUCUCCAUGUUUUUAGCACUGAUAGGCAUUGAUUUCAUUUCAUUGUUGAGAUAAUGGUGUCCUGUAAGCAUUUAGGUGGAACAAAAUGCCUAGGGUUAAACGUGGACUGUAGUUAAUCUUCAGUGCAACUCAUCCUCAGGCAGGUAAUCAAAAUAUACACUUGUUAUUUUGAAAGUUCUGUUAAAGCUGUUAUUUAAAAGUGCCAAUCAUAUCCAGAUGCAAAUUCCAGAAUAUACCCCCAAUAUAUUAUAAUCAUCAGCAUCGAGCUGCAAUCAUUUAUUUUAAGAAUCACAUUUGCAAGCUA